AUCAGAAACAGACAUAAACAUUUGGGCCGGGCCCUCCCUUUGCCUCUCCCUCCCUCCAUAGGCCCUAGCCCAUAGCCCCGUCGUCGCAAUCGCAGUCGCCACCCGCCGCCGUUCCGCCGGCAAGCCGUCCGUCUCCGCCGCCCGCCCCAUCCAGGAGAAGCCUGCCACCAGAACAUUCAACUGGCCUUCGUUGGAAAUCCGUCCGUUCCCCACAACUGAACUGACAGGCCACCCAUGGCGCUGCUCCGCGCCGCCGUAUCCGAGCUCCGCCGCCGGGGCCGCGGGGCUCUUACCCCUCUCCCGGCGCUGUCAUCUCUCCUCUCCUCGCUGUCUCCCCGGAGCCCAGCCUCCACCCGCCCCGAGCCUAAUAACCCCCACGCCGACCGGCGUCACGUCAUCGCGCUCCGCCGGUGCCCGCCGCUCCCGGCGUCGGCCGUCCUCGCCCCCGAGCUGCUCCACGCCAGGGGUCUCCUCCCGAGGCACUGGUCGCACGCCUCACCGCUCUCCACCUCCUCCUCCUCUUCCAGACCCGCGGACAAGGCGCAGCUCACGUGGGUGGACAAGUGGAUCCCGGAGGCGGCGCGGCCGUACGCCAUGCUCGCCCGCCUCGACAAACCCAUUGGGACCUGGCUCCUCGCCUGGCCCUGCAUGUGGUCGAUCACAAUAGCAGCAAUGCCAGGGGAUUUGCCAGACUUGAAAAUGCUGGCACUCUUCGGAUGUGGAGCUGUCCUUCUCAGGGGGGCUGGUUGCACGGUGAAUGAUCUUCUGGAUCGCGACAUUGAUAAUAAGGUUGAGCGCACCAGAAGUAGGCCUUUUGCCUCAGGAGUGCUUACUCCUUUACAGGGAGUGGGCUUCCUUGGAAUUCAGCUUCUAUUGGGACUGGGCAUUCUUCUACAAUUGAAUAACUACAGUCGUAUUCUGGGGGCGUCUUCACUUGUUCUGGUCUUCUCGUAUCCCCUGAUGAAGAGGUUCACAUUUUGGCCUCAGGCUUAUCUUGGCCUGACAUUCAACUGGGGAGCUUUACUAGGGUGGGCUGCUAUUAAGGAAAGCAUAGACCCUGCAAUCAUCCUUCCAUUGUAUACAGCUGGUAUUUGUUGGACGCUGGUGUAUGAUACUAUAUAUGCGCAUCAGGACAAAGAAGAUGACCUGAAAGUAGGAGUCAAGUCCACAGCAUUAAGAUUUGGAGAUUUGACCAAAUACUGGAUCAGUGGCUUUGGCGCGGCAUGCGUCGGCAGCUUAGCACUCAGUGGUUACAAUGCUGACCUUGGGUGGCCCUACUAUCCAUUCAUAGCAGCUGCAGCUGCCCAGUUAGCGUGGCAGGUUUCGACCGUGGAUCUGUCUAGCCGCUCAGAUUGCAACAAGAAGUUCGUGUCCAACAAGUGGUUUGGAGCUUUGGUAUUUAGUGGGAUUCUAUUUGGGCGUCUUGUAUCAUGAUGGUUAGCUGAUGAAGCGUCAUGUGCUUGCAUGGUGGGUCCAGUGGAACCUAAGCAAUAUUAUGAUGAGAUGCUACAAACUUUUGUGUCUGGGCUAGCAAAUGCGGCGUGGUACAGGAGUGGAGUGGACUUUGUAAGCUGCUUGAUCUUUCACCGUCAUCAAACCUUGGCUAUUUAACGAGCAUAUCAAUCAAUCAUGGUGGUGGUCUGAUGUAGGACAUGUGUUACGAUUUCCCUAGCAGCUUGCUCCUUCUCAUCUUUUAUUUCAAAUCUUACUGUGAGUGCAGCUACGGUACGUGUUUUGCACGAUCUAUUGACUAUAGCCUUAGGGCAUAUACUUGUUUUUUUUAUUACUUCUGUCACCAUGAGUGGAGGCAAAACACUGCUGUGUUGUUACAUAAAAACAGACACACGUAGAUAUUUAAGUGUUAAAUAUGACAUACGGCUUCUUGCAGAAGCACUCGUUGCC